AUGAGAGGCAAGGAAGAAGGGGAUGAGAAAGCUGGCCCAAGUGGGAAAAAGGAUGCAGCAGAGGACGAGGCUUCCACAGCACCAUUGCCGGAGAAGUGCCAAGUGGGUGGCUCUCCAGUGUACAUCGUGGAGCGCAAACUUGGCAAGGGCGGGUUCGGCCAGGUCUAUGUAGGCAGAAGAGCUGUACAGACUACGGCAAAGGAUGGGCCAAAUGCAAAUUUUGUAGCGCUCAAAUUUGAGCAUAGAAGUAGUAAAGGCUGCAAUUAUGGCCCUCCCUAUGAGUGGUCAGUCUACAGCUCACUCGGGGGGAUACACGGCAUCCCCAGGGUACAUUACAAAGGCAGGCAGGGCGACUACUACGUCAUGGUCAUGGACAUGUUGGGACCCAGCCUGUGGGACGUGUGGAACUCCCAGGGCCAGGUCAUGUCCCAGGAGAUGGUGUCGUGCAUAGCAGUAGAAGCCCUGUCCAUCCUGGAGAAGUUGCAUCUCAAAGGGUAUGUGCACGGGGAUGUGAAGCCAGAGAACUUCCUGCUUGGGCAGCAGAACACGCCCCAGGAGAAGCGGCUGUACUUGGUGGACCUGGGCCUUGCCACCAGGUGGCGCGAGUCAGUCUGUGGAACGCAUGUAGAGUACGAUCAGCGGCCAGACGUGUUCAGAGGGACGGUGCGGUAUGCGAGCGUGCAUGCGCACCUGGGCCGGACCGCCAGCAGGAGGGACGAUCUGGAGUCCCUGGCGUACACCCUCCUCUUCCUGCUCAAGGGCCGCCUCCCAUGGCAGGGCUACCAGGGAGACAACAAGGGCUUCCUGGUGUGCAAGAAGAAGAUGGCGACGAGCGCGGACCUGCUGUGCCGCUACACGCCGCCAGCCUUCCGCCAGUUCACCGAGGCCGUGGUCAACCUCAAGUUUGACGAGGAGCCCAAGUACACCGCCUACGUGGCGCUGUUUGAGCCACUGUGCGGGCCCGGCCCGGCGCGGCCCAUCCUGCUGGAAGAGAAGCCCAAGGUCGGCCAGAAGCGCGGCCGCGAGGCCAUCGAGGAGGACGUCGAGAUUGUGCCGAAGAAGAAAAUCCGGCUGGGCCUGCCGGCGACGCAGUGGAUCACGGUGUACAACGCGCACCGGCCGAUGAAGCAGCGCUACCACUACAACGUGGCCAACACGCGCGUGGACCAGCACGUGGAGAAGGGCAACGACGACGGCCUCUACAUCUCCUCAGUCGCCUGCUGCCACGAGCUUUGGGCCCUCAUUAUGGAUGCCGGCACCGGCUUUGCCGCGCAGGUGUAUGAGCUGAGCAGCAUGCACUUCCUGCCCAAGGACUGGAUCAUGGAGCGCUGGGAGGAAGGAUUCUACAUCACAGCCAUGGCCGGAUCCGCUGGUGGCUCCUCCCUUGUAGUCAUGUCCAAGGGCACUCCCUACACCCAGCAGAGCUACAAGGUUUCGGACUCGUUCCCCUUCAAGUGGAUCAACAAGAAGUGGAAGGAGGGCUUCUACGUGACAUCCAUGGCCACCUCGCACACGCGCUGGGCCGUCGUCAUGUCGCGCAACGCCGGCUAUGUGGACCAGUGCGUCGAGCUCGACUUCCAAUAUCCCUCUGAAGGCAUCCAUCGCAGAUGGGAUGCAGGUGGCUACAGGAUCACGGCCUGCGCGGCGACGCCGGACCAGGCGGCCUUCGUGCUGAGCGUGCCGCGGAGACGGCCGGUGGACGAGACGCAGGAGACGCUGCGCACUUCGGCCUUCCCAUCCACGCACGUCAAGGACAAGUGGGCCAAGAACCUCUACAUUGCCGGCGUCGCGUACGGCCGCACAGUGUCGUGA